UAAAUCCAAUGAGGUCGCUUAUGAAGGGAGGUAUUUGGAAAAAUACCGAAGAUGAAAUUCUUAAAGCAUGUGUGAUGAAGUACGGGCCUAACCAAUGGAGUAGAAUCUCUUCACUGAUUGUUAGGAAGAGUGCCAAGGAGUGUAAGGCUAGAUGGUAUGAGUGGCUCGACCCAAGAAUCAAGAAAACUGAGUGGACCAGAGAGGAAGAAGAGAAAUUACUCUACCUUGCCAAGAUCUUCCCAGCUCAAUGGAGAACAAUCGCUCCCAGAAUUGGAAGAACACCAACACAGUGUAUUGAACAUUAUGAAAGACUUCUCGAUCAGGCUCAAGGGAAAUCAGAGAUGGAUGAAAACGAUCCCAGGAAGCUCAGACCUGGAGAAAUAGAUCCAAAUCCAGAAACAAAACCUGCCAAACCAGAUGCUAUUCAUAUGGAUGAGGAUGAAAAAGAGAUGCUUCAAGAAGCAAGAGCUAGGCUUGCCAAUACCAAAGAAAAACAACUCUCUCAUGCUAAAAGACUCUCUGAGUUACAAAAGAAGAGAGAACUUAAAGUUGCAGGCAUUGAAAUCGAUAUCCGAAGGGAGAUCAAAGGUGUAGACUAUAACCAGGGGGUGCCGUUCGAGCGAAAAGUUCAAACAGGCCGGUAUGAAAUUGAGGAUGAGCUCCUGCCACCCCCUACUAAUGCUGAAAUUGGAACUUAUGUUGAGAAGAGAAGGGAUGAGGAAGAAAAGAAGAGAAAAGAACUCGAUAAAGAUAAGAUGAAGAAAAUGAAGAUUAAGAACUUACCCAAAGCCGUUGAUAUAGUUUCUAAGAUGAAUGAUGCUAACACUCUUGCUUUUAAGACAAAACUUAAUCUUCCUGCUGCUCAGAUUUCAGACCAAGAAAUUGACACUAUUAGUAAAAUGAAUAAAGAAAAAGCAAAUGCUUUGUCUUCAAGCAACAAUGAUUCUACCAAAGCUUUACUUGGAGAAAUGUCUCAGAGAGAACAAACUCCAAUGGCUAUGAGAACUCCUAUGGUCCAAAAUUCCUUAAUGAGCGAGGCUAAAAGAACCCAUGAUAUAAUGAAUGCAGAGACACCUCUAGUGGGAGGAGAGGGUCCACAAGCUGGUGUUGGCUUAAUCACACAAUCACUGAAGAAUACUAUCUCUCAGACUCCAAAUGCGUAUGUUGUUCAAUCAAUGCAGAGGCCAGACUCUAUUCUUAGACCAAAGGAUACGGCUACUCGUAUGCUUCCUCCUGGAGCCAUUACUCCAGCAAGACCUGGUGCUGCCAAACCUGAUGGAGAGACUUAUGAAGCAGAUUCAGCAUGGGAGAGCAACUCUUUGGCUCCUUCAUUAACAGCCAAAGAACAGAAGUACCAGGAGCUCAUGGAAGAAAAAAGAAAUAAGCUUGACCUCUUGAAUUCAUUCAAAUCAAUGCCCAAGCCAAAGAAUCAAUACCAAAUGGAGGUAGAUGAUAUAGAAGAACUUGAUGACUCAGAGCUAGUCCAAAAGCAAGAACAACAAAUUGAAGAUAGAGAGCUCACUAAGAAAAGGUUGGAAGAAGAGGCCUUCAAACGUGAGGUUGAACAGUUUAAAAGACAAAGUCAAGUUAUCCAAAUGGGUCUUCCAAGACCAUCUAUUAUCAACUUCGAAGAGUUUAAAGCCACUAGUAAGCCUUCACAAGCUGAGAGACUUAUCAAUGAUGAAAUGUCUAGAAUAUUGAUUCAUGAUAAUUCAAAAUUUCCUCUUGAGCAAACGAAGCCAGUAAACAGGGUGCUUAAGGAUUACCCAGAAUACUCCUUGCGCGAGCUUGAAAGAGCUAAUCAAUUGAUUCAGGAUGAAAUGGCUCAGCAAGAGGAUUACUCAAAUCAAGAUGAGGUUAUUUCUAACUAUGAAGAUAGAAUUAGUUCAUUAUUGUCAAUGAAGUACACUCCAUCUCUUAAGUCUAUCAAUGAGCUAGCUACUCUAUCUCCUGCUCAACAAAAGGAAACUUUGGAAACAGAUGAAAAAUUUGUAAAGAAGCAGCUGCAAAAAGAGCUGAAGAAGGUUAAAAAGGCUGAGGAUGAGCUAAAGAACAAGUAUACUUCGCUCACAUCCUCUCAGAAAGAACGGUCUGAAAAGAUUCACUCUCUUUACAAAGAGAUUGAAAAGAAGGCUCGUCAGCUUGAGGUGUUCAAAACUAUCCAGACACUUGAAUCCAAAAUCCAAAGAGCUAGAGUAGAAGAGCAGAAUAAAUACCUAAGACAGCAGUUAGCUAAGGAGAAGGACUUGCAGAAUGAGUACUAUAGACUUACUCACAAGUAGAUAAUUCAACGGUGAAUUAAAAGAGGGG